GUUGAUAUGUACAGUCACAAACAUGGCAUGAGGUACUUGUUCCUGUAAAUAUUUAGAGUUUUUGUUUUCAAGAGGUUAAUUCAAGGAUAUUCUGCAUUGGCUAGUUCGCUAAGUUUCAGAUUUGCUGAGUUAAUGAAAAUACUUGUUAAGAAGUUAUGUAGAACUUAUCUAGAUUCUUGUAUUAAUUUUUUAUUGAUAAUUUUACAUGGAUACUUAGUAUUCGUUAAGACUGCAUUCUUUUCAUCAUACAAUCUACCACAAAUAUGCAAUGAGUUACAAGAUGGUAAAAGACACAAGUCUUGAUGUUGGAGUAAUAUACGAAUUUUAUCGCUAUGUUUGAAAGAUGUUUUGGUGUAUGGUUGAUGAGUAUGAAUCUCAUAAUAAGCCAAGGAUUCAUCAAAGGCGUCGCUCAGGUGCGCAAGCUACAACACACCACACGUUGCCCAAUUAACUCAAAUGAUUGCGGUUGUUCGACAAAAAUUACACUAAUAAGUAUGAAGUAGAUUGAAACAUCGUAAACAAGAUAUAAUAAUAUCAAUGGAUAAUUUGAACAAAAUUCAUGGGAACCAACAGUCAUGUGUAUUAAGCAAGUCUUCAAUUUCAUUGGUGAAAGAUGCUGAAGAGCAAAAUAUGAAUAUAGUUGAGGUUGACAAUUCCCGCACAGUAUUAAAAAAAAUAGCUACCUUGUAUGCUGAACGCUUGAUGAAUGAUAUUUGUUUAGUAGUAAAUAACAUCGAAUAUCCAGCUCAUCGUUUAAUUCUCUGUGCAUCAAGUGAUGUAUUCGAAAUUAUGCUUAUGAGUCCUCAAUGGAGUGAGUCUCAAGAAAAUCGCGUAACAUUACGAGAAACACCACCGUGCUCUGCAAUAUUUAGUGAAUUUUUACGAUAUUUUUACACUGGGCAAAUUAGAAUAAGUUACAAUAUAGUAUUAUCAAUGCUUACAUUAGCUGAUAAAUAUAAUGUGCAAGAUCUCAUUUUAUUAUGUUUAAAAUAUAUGCGCGAUCACAUUCCUACAGCUGCUGUAAAAGGAACGCUUAUUUCGUGGUUACAAUACAGUAUCAAUUGUGGUCAUUAUAAAAUAACAAAUGCUUGUCACAACUUCGUCAAAUGGAAUAUAGAAUUAGUUGCUAGUACAGAUGAUUUUGCAAACAUUGAACUUGAAGUACUUGUUUCAUUGUUACAGCAAAGUAAUCUUGUCGUACAAGAUGAAAUGACAUUGUACAAAUGUAUUGAAUCGUGGCUUUAUCAUCAGAGCAAAAAAUUAAAAACUUAUUUACCAUCAGCUGACUAUGACUUAGCCAUAAAACAAAUCGUUUUCUCUGUCAUGUUACCAAUAAGAUUUCCUAUGAUGACGCCUCGUCAACUAGCUGAAUUGUUGCUAUCCCCAUUGACUCAACGAUAUAAAGAAUUUUUCGUUGAAAGAAUGGCAAUAGGAAUGUCAUUCCAUUCUGGUCAAAAUGAUAGAAUACAAGAAAUAUUGAGUACAGAAGCAACUAGUAAUCUAUUGUUUGAACCUCGCCUAUAUACAGCUGAAACUUACAGUUCAUUACUAACUGUAGAAAAUUUUCACAAUUUAUUAUCUUACCAUACAAGAACUUUUGUUUUUUCCAGCCUUUCUAAUUUAGCUGACUGUGCUAGUGAUAGAACUUCUGAAUGGAUUGUUGAUCUUUAUCCAAAGGGUGUAUGGUUCAAGAAAUUUUUUUUGAUAGUUUGGCAAGGUACUGUUGAAAUGCCGGAACACGUAAUUCGAUCUGUUAGAUUAUCAUUAACAUGUAAAGAAUUUUCUAAUAAUUUUAAUUCAGACUUACGUGUAAAAAUUGGAGUUCUAAUAUACGGAUUACAAGAUGAAGUUGAACACGUAGCAAGGGUGCAAGAAAUAAUUCAUAGAUUCAAUAAAAAUGAAAGAGUUCUCAAUUUAGAUGAUAUUUUGCCUUUCGAAGAAUUGAAUCCUCAACAUGACUCAAUGAAUUCUAAUAGUCGGAUUUCAAAAUACUUAGUAGGACCAAAUAAAGAUACGCUAAAAUUCCAUAUCAUUAUUUCUCCUAUAAAUCCUUAUCUAUAAUUUCUUUAAAAAAAAGAGAUAAUGUAUAUUAGCAUGAAUUAUUACUCUUUUAUAACAGAAUGCGUGUUAUGAAUUUGUAAAUUCUUUUCUGUAAAUUAAUAUAUAAAUUUACU